GCAACAGAAAUUCAUAUAAAAAUUUCUUUGACUUCCUGUGUAAAGGUUAGCAGGGUCUGGGAAUACUAGAGGAGAAAAGUGUGCCUAAUUUCAUUGUUUACAACAGCAGUACGUCGUUACUAGAGUACAAUAAAAGCUCGGUGGUCUCAUUUUUUGCAUUCACCGAUCUGCAGUUUUGAACUAUGAUGCACCAGCCACUUUACAUUGGAGCAGAGCAUGUAAAAAAACAUCUGUCAUAUGCUGCCUUAGUGCCUGUGCUGGAAAGGGCACUGGCCAGUUUCUCCAGUGGCAAAGAAGGUGGAGUUAUUCAACCAGUAAGAACAACAAUUCAUGUGGAAAAUCAUGGAGGCUUCUUUGCAGUAAUGCCAGCUUACAGUGAACAAGAUGAUGCCCUGACCACAAAACUCGUGACGUAUUACCAAAGAAAAACUCCAUCAGUGCCCUCACAUCAGGCCACCAUGCUUUUAUUUGAUCCAGUGACUGGCAGUUUAAAGGCUAUUAUGGAUGGGACUGUUAUUACCACAAGAAGGACAGCAGCUGCUUCAGCAAUAUCAACAAAGUAUCUGAAACCAGCAAAUGCAAAGGUCCUGUGCAUUCUAGGUGCAGGUAACCUGUCCUACAGUCACUAUGAUGUUUUUACCGAGAUGUUUUCAUUUCAAGAGGUCAGAAUUUGGGAUUAUAAGCAGUCAAACUCUGAAAGGUUUGCAAGCAGCGUGAAAGGAACCGUGCAGGUGUGCUCUUCAGCAAAGGAGGCUGUUGUUGGGGCAGAUGUCAUUCUAACUGUUACUAUGGCAACUGAACCUGUACUUUUUGGUGAAUGGGUCAAGCCUGGUGCACACAUCUGUGGUAGGAAUUCAAAUUUAUUUACUGUUUUCUGCCUGAAUGAACAAAAUUACUCUGAGUCUAAAGGAAUCACUGCCCCCUUUUAG